CUCUCCCUCCACCACCACCUCCUCCUCACCACCACCACCACUACCACCACUACCACCGGCUCACGCUUUACGUGCUAGUCCUCAUCCACGCACUCACACGCGCGCGUGGACUCUCCAGUAGUGGCGACGCGUGCGGCUAUCCAGUUUUGUAACAGGGUCGCGAUGCUGUCGUUUGGAACUCGGUCGACGAGCGUAACGCGCUCGACGUCGGCAUCGUCGGCGCAGAACUCGCUGCUAUCAGACAUGGACAACGAACUGGUAGCAAUGGGCCUUGACUCGGACAGUGCGGCGCGUAGCUCGCUGCUUGCCCGCAUUGAGACCUUUUGCUUUGACGCUCUCUUUGCCAUUGUCUCGCGGUCGUCGUCCAAGCGCCUCGUCUCUAUUCUGGUCCUCCUCAUCGAGUUUGCACAGAUCGCGACCUUUGCCUUCCACGACACCUUUGAGUGGGGCUCGUGGGCCGACGCCACCAUCCGCCCGACGCUUAACCUCCUCGCCCUGCGGGUCGUCUUUUCCUCCUUCACCGCGUUUCGCGUCGUCAACGGCUGUGUCUACGCCGCGUUACUCUUCUCUUACAUCGAUGCUGUCUACGUCGGCCUCGCCCUGCGAGACCACUCGCGGUCACGUAUCUGGCCGCUGCGGAUGCUGCGAUACGCGGUUGGCUUUGGUGUCACCGUCCUCUACAUUCCAAUCAUGUCGGUCCUCCUCACCCCGCUCGCCUGCGACUACACCGCGCCAAUGUCAGACCAGACCCUCUCUGACUACGACAUGGUGGACUGCUGGGAACCCGAGGUCAUUGCCUACAAGGUGGUCUCGGGCAUUUUUGCCAUUGCUAUGAUUCUCUCGACCUCAGCCCUCUCACUGGUCUACUUUCAGGACUCACCACAGUCGGGCCAUCUGCUUGCUCGCUCACACGCCCGCAUCGACUGCGCCAUCCAUCUCGUCAAGUCGAUCCUUCUUCUUGGCUUUGCCACUGUUCCGCAGUUCCGCUUCAUUCUGGGCAUCGUUAUGUUUAUCGCCAACUCUGGUGUUUUCGUCCUCCAAGUCUUGUUCAUGGCCAUCUACAACCUCAAGCUCCAGGUUGCCCGCACCGGCGGCUUUUGCAUCCUUGCCUGGAUCUCGGGCAUGGCGCUUGUCACCAUUCCCACCGACAACAACGACUCGGCCAACAUUGCAUUUGUCGUCACCGCUGCUCUCGCUCCAGUUUCUUUGCGCUCGGCUCGUCCGUCGGCUACCUCCGCCUCGCCCUUCUUCGCAAACGCCACGCCGCGUGCGCCGUCUCGCCCGCUGUUGCCGCCGUUGCCGACAACGAAGACGAGACGAUGCACACCAUCGACGAGGUCGGUGGCCGGCGGUUCCAGGCACCUAGAUUCUGGCUGGUCACCGAUGUCGAGCUCGUCGCCCGCUCGCACAUCCAACGCGGUGCACCCGACGCCGCCAACGCUGUCUUCCGCGCUGGCUUUGAGCAGUUUCCAGACUCGGUCUACAUUCUCCUUUGCUACGUCCGCUUCCUUGCCUCGGUCGGCAACACGGCCAUGGCGCACGCGUACCUCGACCAGUCGCUCGCGCUGCCAGCCCGCGCCGACCUGCGCUUUGUCCGCUACCGCAAGCUCCGUGAGGUCGAGCAGGCUCAGCUCGCCCACGGCCUCACCGUCGGCGCCAUGGACUUAAUCUCCUACGUCCAGUUUGAAACCAAGCUCCGGACUGCCCGCGCCCAUCACAAGGCCGCCAUCUCGGCGCUCUCAAACUUUUGGCGGACGCUCCUCCGCUCCGACCGCAACUUCCUCGCUCGCUCUGCAAAGCUCAUCGCCCGCAUCGAUGCCGCCGAGCGCUCCGCCAACGACUGCUACCGCGAGCUCAUUCUCAAGUACCCUACCGCCCCCGGCCUGCUUGUCUCGUACGCCGCCUUUCUCGACCAGGUCUCUAACAAGCCUGUCCUCGCCGACCGCUUCCUCCGCCGUGCCAAGCACGUGGCCACUAUCAACGCUGAUGACACUGGUGACGGUGGCGUAGGCCCGCACGCUACCGAGACCGAGGCUGAGCACCGUGAAGACGGUGGCGUCGGUGUCGUCAACUCGGCUGUCGACGCCAUCGUCACCCUCGGCUCGAUGGGCCAGAUCACGUCGUUCAACGCCCAGGCCCGCAAGCUCUACGGCUACACCUCGCACGCGGCUGACAAGGAAAUCCGUGGCGAGUCGUUUGCCCGUGCCCUCUUUGCCCAGCCGUACUCGGAGUGGCAUGAGGUCAUCCUCUCCUCGGCCUCGUCCAUCCCGCGAGUCUUUCUCUUGGAUGCGCUCGCCACCGACGGCUCGACGUUUCCCAUCUCCUUCUCCAUUGUCCGCAUGUCAAGCCACACCGGGCAGGCCGCAGCGUCGUCAGCCGCGUACGUCGCCGUCAUUCGCCCGCGCGCCGCCUCGGACGAACGCAUCGCUCUUUACGUCAGUCCGGCAGGCUCGGUCACCGCUUGCUCGGGCCGGCCCGAACCCAUGCUCUCGAUGAACCCGCGCCAGCUGGUCUCGUCGCCCAUGCAUACCCUCUUCCCAUCUGACACCCGCGGCAUGGCUGCACUCACCUCGUGGCUCGGCACCGACUCGGCCACCUCUGGCUCGCUCGACCCGCAUGUCCGCAUCAUCCGCCACCGCAACGGCAGGCGCCUCCCCUGCGUCAUCUCCGGUUCGUGGCUCGGUGGCUCGGGUGCUGCCUGGAUCGGCAUGCUCGUCGUCGAGCCCAUCGCCUCGUACUCGAUUGACAUCCUUGUCUCCAACGGCGGCAAGGUUAUCGCUGUCUCGGACGCCAUCGCCCGCGCCCUUUGGGGCGUCUCGGAGCUGGAGCUUCUCGGCUCGGACCUCUCGCUCGCUCUCGAUAUCCCGCCCCAGGUCUCGCCGAGUGCGCUUCCAUCCGCCAUCUCUCGCGCCACGUCGCUCCGCGCCGAUGCCAUCCUCUCCUCAUUGGAGCUCGGCCCUGCGCGCACCACCUCGCUCGCCAACUCGUGGUUCCGCAAGCCGGCUGAAGUUGCUGCCCUUCACGCCGCCGUCGCCAACUCGCGCACCGGCGACUCGGCCAGCCCUCUCCCGCUCCUUGUCGAAUCGGUGCCGGGCGCAGAGGCCGGACGCGGCAUCUGCAUCGUCCGUUCGCGCCCGCAUCCGCUCUCAGGCACCCAUGUGUAUAUGGCGGCCGUCGCUGCGCCCGAGGGUGUCGGUGGCAACUUCCGCGUCAUGUUCCUCCCGCUCACUGCGCAGGCGAAUGCAGUGACUAUCAGCACGCCCAUCCCGCCGCCGCCGCCGGUCAUUAUGUCGGCCCCCGAGCCGACGCUCGCUACAUCGGAGCCGGACUUGCACUUCCACACGCAGGAAAACAGCGAGUCACCGCGCCGCCGGAACGGGUUCUCGGUCCGCGGCUCAUCACCGGGUGCGCCACCAUCCCGCCGCGCCAGGUCGACCCUCGACCGCCCGGCCUCGGUCAUCCGCCGCCGCUCGGUCUCGCGCUCGCGUGGCGACUCGGCCGACACCAACUCGUCGAUGGUUCUCCCGCUGGAAAAGGUGACCGACACUGAGCUGCCGUGUGCGUCUCCUAGCUCGUUGCCCGCCCGCUCCCGCCGCAAGUCCACUGCCGAAGGCUCGCUCUUCUCGCUCUCCACCGCCUCGGUGGGCAUGUACGGUGGGCGGUCGCGGCGUCAUCGCGGCGGUCGCGGUGGCGAGGAUGACGACGAGACCGGCUCGAUGCUCUCAGUCCCCGAGCAGCGCAUGGUCUCUGCCGCACGUGCUCGCAUCGCCGCCCGUCGCCGAGUGGCCCAGCAAGCCGACUCGGACGUCUCGACCUCGCUCCGUGCCCUCCGCCGCUCCGCUUCGGACGACAUUACCCGCCUCUCGCGCCGAAUGUUUGGCAUCAUCGCCCUUGUUGUCGUCCUUUGCAUUGCCGUCUUUGCCAUGUCCGAGGUCCUGCUCAUCCGCGCCGAGCUCCGCCCCGAGCGCGCCCGCGAAGCCACCAUCCGCCUCCAGAAGACCGUCCGUGUCGUCUCAGACAUCCAGAGUCUGUACUUGCUUGACCGCGUCGAGGUUGUCACGGAAACAUCACCGAUGCCUGGCGCAAGUCGGACGUGUACUUGCGCGAGGUCAACCAGCUGGUCUCGGGCUCGCUGGACAACUUGGGCUACAACCCGGAGUUCGCCAUUGCCCUCGUCGAGAAGGUCCAUGCCACCGUCGACGAGCUCCUGGAGCACCACCACAUCUUGCUUGACACCAGCGGGCUCUAUGAUCCGGCCAGCAGGCUCGACAAGCUCCACUCGGGCGAUCCCCAGAUUGUGAUGUACCACUUUGAGCUCUCCGACGGCUAUCUCCACGCAUACCCGGACAUGCCGGAAGAGGAAAUGCGAGUCAUUCCGCGGGCGUACAACUUGGAAGAGGCCAUCGCCGUCUUUUGCACUGCCGCACGGUCAUACUCGGCCCAUGUGCUCGAGACCCACGGGCUGCACUCAAACACCACCGAAGCCUGGGUCGACACCAACCUUUCCGAUGCCGUCUUUGCCGACGCCGACCUUGCGCUCUUUGUCCUCUUCAACGGUGGCCAUGGCCUCCGCGUUGCGCUGGAACACGCCCUCAACCUCGAGCAGGAGACCGUCCGCACCACGCUCCUCCAGGCGCUGGCCAUCAUCUGCUCGCUCUCGGCAGCCAUGAUCGGCCUGCACCUUGUUGCCGUCUUUUUCAUUGUUAUGCCUGCCUUCCGCGCUGCCUCGCACCGCCGCCGCGCCACUAUCGCCGUCUUUCUCGCCAUUCCCAAGACCGCCGUUGCCAAGCUCAUGCGCGGCACGCACAAGCGUGAUGGGGCCGGGGCUGGCACCAACUCGGUCGCUUCGUUCGACUCGGAAGGUUCCAUGUCGUCGCGCGACGGCUCCGACCUCGGCAUCCAGCUCUCGGCGCGCGACGCAGACGGCGGCCGGUCGACCCGCUCCCAGUUGCGCUCGCAGGCCCGCCCGCCCACGCCGCCGAUCUCGCGCUCGCGGGCCCGCGCAGCUGACUUUAGCGGCCCCGAUGAUCGCGAGAUGACUGUCGCAGACCUCACAAAGACUGCGCCGGUCCCCAUGUCGAGGCCUGAAGUGACCGAGUCGACUUCGUUUACUGCUGUCUCUGCAGCGACAGUGGCGGUGCCUGACACACCGCACUCGGCCUCGUUUCUGUCGAGUUUCCACGCGGCCGACGCACUGCGGGGAUCGGCCUCGUAUCAACCGAUCUCCCGACGGCCGGCGAACCAGCCGGCGGGCUCCGCACGCCCGCCGCGCCCGUCGCGGGGCCCACUCUCUGUCGCCUCGGACGAUAAUAGUUCGCACGUCUCACAAUCGCGUUUUGCUGCCUCGAACCAAUCGGUUGACUCGGCUGAAGACGUCUUGAGCUCGGGCUCGGACCUUGCACCCCAGGCAUGCAAGCGUCGUCGUCAUCCUCCUCGUCGGCUAUGUCGUCGUCACACGAGUCCGACUCGAGCUCGGGCUCAAGCUCGAGCUAUGGCUCGGAGACCGAGCAGCAAGAAGGCGAUGAGCAGGAUAGCAGAGGCGAUGGCACUCCACUGGCCGAUCUCACUGCGCGAAGCACCGUUACUUCACACAACGGCGUGUCGGGUGGUCACAACAGUGAUGCCGACAGCGUGAGCAGUGGCGCCGAGUUUGGCGGCUCGGCCAAGUCGUCGAGCAACGGCACCGCUGUCGCUACCGAGGACGUCGAGAAGCGAGUCGGCUUCAACUCGCGUCCAACGCUUACCCACAUGGUCUCGCCGCAACAGUCGCCGAUUCUCGUCGAGGAGUCGCCGUCGGCGCACGCCUCCAGCCUGGUCGAGACCGGCGCGCCGCUCUCAGAUCGGCGCAACUCAAAGUCGAGACCGGCGCCAGCACACGACUCCGAGUCGGUCGAGUCGGCCACGCAGUCAACGCCCUCGGCAGCAAAGCACCGCAUGUCGACGCGCUCGGGCCGACGCUGGUGUGGUCUGCGCAAGGCCAAAAAGAAGUCCGAGGCCGAUGCCCAGGCCGCGGCGCGCAAGGCGCUGUUUAAGUCGAUGCAGACUGACUCUGUCGAAGUCCGCCAGCGGUGGGUCCUCGUCGGCAUGGUCGGCCUUGGUAUCAUCCUCUGCUUCUCGCUCAUCUCGCUCCUUGAGCUCCAGUUCCUCACUAACGUCGCGUCCAUCACGGCCCUCGGUGGCCUCCGCCUCCCGUUCAACGAGGACAUCCGCGCCAUGGCCAUCGAGCACGUCCUCGCCGAGUAUCCGCUGCUCCAUGACUUUGAAGAGGCCAUCCUUCCGUUUGUUUACAUGGACUUUCCUGCGCUGCAUUCUGAGAGCUUUGCCCUGGGCAACUCUGUGAAGAUUGUGCCAUCGUCCAAGUUUGAAAAGCCGCGAGAGCUACUCUCGCUCGCUCUCGAACGCAUGCGUGCCACUCAAAAGUUCAUCCUGCUGCACAAGAAGGACACGUUCAAGGUGCCAGCGCAAGACCAUCUGGAGCAGAUCGGCGCAUGCCUCCGCUAUCCGCCGGCCACCUGCCGCGACUCCAGCGACCCGCUGUUUGGCCCCACCCGCCGCGGCCUCUCCAACCUCAUCCGGCACUACGUCCAGCUCGGCCUCGACCUGGUCAUUGCCCAUCCCGAUCGCCUCGUCCCGCACGUCCAUGAGCUUGUUGUCAUCGAGGAGCUGUACCACAAAGAAAUGCUGGACGGCCUCGAGAUGAGCACCAACUCGUACGCCACCGCCAUCCACACCCGCGAGAUCUACCGCGCGCUCCCGGGCAUCGCCCUCGCCCUGCAAAUGGUCGCCUUUGCCGCAUUUGCCCUCCUGGUCCUCGCGCCCAUGACCCGCGUCCUCCACCACCACAACCGCAGAACCAUGUUCAUGCUCUCGCUCAUCCCUCACGAAGUCGUCACCUCCGUCUCGGAGAUCUCCAACUUUUUCGGCCUCGAGAACGACAUCCAUGCCAUGUAGGUGCGUAGUCAGGACGUUGUCGCGAGGAAACACACACCAAACAAAAGGCGACUUCACACGCUUGCUAUCAUGAUCAGCAUUGCCCCAGGCCUUCACCAGAGGCAACAAAGAGACCACCACCGGCCAGCAGCCCACACCGUAAAACAAAGAGCAAAGAAAAA